AUGAACCGUUCUCCAACCCCCUGGCCCCUGAUGGCCACGACGUGGACGACUCACACUCCUUCCACCAGUCCAAGCUGACCAAUGAAGACUUCAGAAAGCUUCUCAUGACCCCGCGGGCUGCGCCAACAUCUGCGCCACCGUCCAAAUCUCGCCACCAUGAGAUGCCCCGGGAGUACAAUGAAGAUGAGGACCCAGCUGCUCGCAGGAGGAAGAAGAAAAGCUAUUAUGCCAAGCUGCGCCAGCAGGAGAUCGAGCGGGAGCGGGAGCUGGCCGAGAAGUACAGGGAUCGAGCCAAGGAGCGGAGAGACGGUGUCAACAAGGACUAUGAGGAGACGGAGCUGAUCAGCACGACGGCCAACUACAGGGCCGUGGGCCCCACGGCCGAGGCGGAUAAAUCCGCUGCGGAGAAGAGGAGACAGUUGAUCCAGGAGUCCAAGUUCUUGGGUGGUGACAUGGAGCAUACUCACUUGGUGAAGGGUCUGGACUUUGCGCUGUUGCAGAAGGUACGGGCUGAGAUUGCCAGCAAGGAGAAAGAAGAGGAGGAAAUGAUGGAGAAGCCCCAGAAGGAAACAAAGAAAGAUGAAGAUCCUGAGAACAAAAUUGAAUUUAAGACCCGGUUGGGUCGCAACAUCUACCGCAUCCUGUUCAAGAACAAGUCCUACGAGCGGAACGAGCUGUUCCUGCCGGGGCGGAUGGCCUACGUGGUGGACCUGGACGACGAGUACGCCGACACCGACAUCCCCACCACGCUGAUCCGCAGCAAGGCCGACUGCCCCACCAUGGAGGCACAGACCACGCUGACCACCAACGACAUUGUCAUCAGCAAGCUGACGCAGAUCCUCUCCUACCUCCGGCAAGGGACCCGCAACAAGAAGCUCAAAAAGAAAGACAAAGGGAAGCUGGAUGAGAAGAAACCUCCCGAAGCUGAUAUGAA